GAGUCUACACAGGACUGGGAUUAAAUAAGGCAAGGAUUUUAAAGUGUCCUUGGGAUUUUGUGACAAGGAAGUCCAGUAAGGUAGUGAUGGUGGUGGUGGCUGAGAUGAGACUGCAGCGAAUCUAGGAGAAAAGUGGGAGGUGAGGAGGAGGCGGGCUCUUGGGUUUCCAGGUUCGGUGAGGCAGGGGUAGAGAGAGAGAGAUGAACUGAGGGCGGAGGCUCCUCUGGGCGGGCUGGCCUCUUCAGAUCUCCCCGCAGAGUCUGCGGGGUCCCGACUGCAAGGCGAUGACCUUCCCGGAGAGGAGGGGUGGCCCCAGGGCACUGGACGCUCACCUCAGGGGUCCGGGCCGGAGUAGCCGGGCCCGCCGCAGGCGCUGAGUUUGCGCCCCCGGGAGAUCCUAGCCACCCGAGCGCUGUCUCGACGCCGCCUGGGGACUGCGCUCCCCUUCCCCGCACUCCCCUCGGCUCCCGGGUUGACAGCGCAUGGUCCUGCGUGCAGGUUGCCACAACGUUUGACGCUCCCACUUCCAACAUCCAGGGCGGGCCGACCCCCGCGUGGCGCCUCGGCUGGGGUCCAAGAGGCGCGCCCGAGAGCCCAGAGGCGCGGGUCCCCUCGCCCCGGGCGGCUCCGGCUGGCCGUUGACCCGCCGCCCUGCUCAGCCGGGGCGUGGUCAAAGCGACCGUAGGGGGCGCGGCCGGGACGCCCCUGCUUGGGCUGGGAGGGGAGGGGAAGGAGGCCUUGCGGCCCUCGUCGCCGCAGGCCAGCCCCGGCUGGACCAUGCUGCGCUGGCUGCGGGGCUUCGUGCCGCCCGAGACGGCCUGCCAGGAGGACGAUGACUCCUUCCGCUACGAGAGCCUCUUCCGAGACUUGGACCGCCACGAGGACGGGGUGGUGAACAUCGUCGAACUCCAGGAGGGGCUGAAAAACUGGAGCUCCUCGUUUGACCUGUACUCGGAGACGGAGUAAUAGAAACUUCAGAAGUAAUUGCUGCUUUGAAAUCAUUGGGUAUGAAUAUUUCUGAAUCUCAGGCAAAAAAGAUUCUACAAAGCAUUGACAGUGAUGGAACAAUGACAGUAGACUGGGAUGAAUGGAAGUACUACUUUUUGUUUCAUCCUGCAACAACCGUCAAUGAAAUUGCUCGUUUCUGGAAGCAUUGUACUAUCUCGGAUGCAGGGGCUUAAGUGAAUCAUUCAAUUCAUGGCGUACUGUUUGCAUCCACCCUCGUGACUUUUUGUCUCCUCUUCAUAGACAAUCUAGGGGAGGACUAAGAACGUAGGCUUUGGAGUCAGACUGCCUAGGUUUCAAUCCCACAUCUUCCACCCACCAGCUAUAUAGCCCCUCUGUACCUCAAUUUCCUCAAUUAUAUGCUGAGGAUGAUAUGGGGAAAGUAUAGCUAUUCCAGGUGAAUUUACUGCACAAGAGAAGUGUUCUGGAGAUUGGUGGAGGCCAUUGGUGGCGGAGGAAUAGCUGGCGCAGUUUCAAGGAUGUACACGGCUCCUCUUGACCGCUUGAAGGUCAUGAUGCAGGUUCAUGGUUUAAAGUCAAGGAGAAUGAGAUUGAUUGGUGGGUUUGAGCAGAUGGUCAAAGAAGGAGGGCUUCGUUCUCUUUGGCGAGGAAAUGGUGUAAAUAUUUUUAAAAUUGCACCAGAGACAGUGCUUAAGAUUGGAGCCUAUGAACAGGUUCUAAAGACCAGACUGGCUGUAGGUAAAACUGGACAGUAUUCAGGGGUUAUUGAUUGUGGCAAGAAGCUUCUGAAACAAGAAGGUGUUAGAACCUUUUACAAAGGUUAUAUUCCUAACUUGCCAGGUAUCAUAUCUUGUGCAGGCAUACAUCUUGCCGUUUUUGAGCGUUCGAAGAAUUACUGGCUAGAAAAUUCUGCAGGAGACUCUGUAGACCCUGGGAUAGUGGUUUUGCUGGGCUGUAGUACGUUGGCUCACACUUGUGGUCAGAUAGCCAGCUUCCCUCUCAACCUUAUUAGAACUCGCAUACAGGCUCAAGCUUAUAGCACUGGAAGAAAAAGGAACAACAGCUUCUAUCAUUCAGCACAUUCAGGAUAUAUAUAACAAAGAAGGAAAACGAGGAUUUUUCAGGGGUCUAACCCCAAACAUCAUAAAGGUGCUGCCUGCAGUAGGCUUCAGCUGUGUGGCUUAUGAAAAAGUGAAACAACAUCUGGGGUUAAUUUAGAAGUCAAAUUGUUGUCUUUACUGUAAUCACUUAAUUUUAAGAUAAUACCUGGGUUGUAAAGAGAAAUUUGUCUUUUCCUGAAAGGAAAGAAGUAUCACAUAAUUGUUAAAACAUUUUCUCUUUAUUUUAUCUACUACAACAUCUAUAAAUUAAAUAACAAUUUUGGUAAAGUUCUUUAAUAAUUUAAAAUCCUUAAUAUUCACCAAAUUCUAUUUAUGUUUCCCACUUGAAUCUUAACUUGAAACUUGUUUUUAUUGGGUUUGAACAUACCGUAGUAACAUCAUAAAAUAUUUGGUCAAUUGUAGCAGUUUGUGUUAACCUUUUUGUAUUUAAAUAAUUUCUUACAAAGUUGAGCUUAAAAAUGUUUUAUAUAUUAAAAGAAAAAUUAGUGCAUUUAAGAUUAAUGUUAUAACAAAUGAUCAGGGUCUGUUUCUCUUCUUUAACCAAAAUGGAAAGUUGGUUUCCUAACUCCUUCACAAUUCCUUCUGUCAGAUUGUGGAUGGAAUAAUGAUAACAUAAUAACAUAUUUCUUACUUCUCUGGGUACUUUUAUUUGUAAAUAUAAGCGCUGUUGGUUCAUUUUUAUUCUUGGUAUUUUCAGCUAUUACGAGGAAGUCAGCCUUGAGAACAAAUCAACAUUGGACAAAUUUUCUUUCUGUUAUCUUCUUGCUGAAAAACAUGUGAGAGGAAGAACUUUUAAAAUUAAAUCCAUUAUUUCAUACUUGUUGAAGCAAUUCUUAUUUCAACUUAGGAGUUGAUUCAGUAAACCCUUUGAAAUCCUAAAUAGCUCUCCUCACUUUUAUGAAAAAAUCAAUCCUAUUCUCUAUCAGAAUUAAAUAGGAGUGUGGCAAGAGAGUGGUAAUGGGCUGUUGGCCACAACAGGCCUCCCAUAAAGAACUUCCUAGCUAAACUGACUGAAGUCCAGCCUGUGAGCCUUAGCCUUGCUGACCUAAAAAUUUGACUUUAUUAAUUUCCUCAAGAUGAUCAGUUUCUUGGUGAUAGAUUAAAUAAAACUACUCACAGGGCUGACAUAUAUAUUACAAUGCAAAGUUAUUAAUUUAUAGUGCAGCUUAAUACUUUCCAUUAACCAGAAUACUUUCAUCCCUUCUCCAGGGAACACUGUUUCCCGGUAUCAAAGUACCUGGGGAAUCACAUAAGUAAGGAGAAGAUUGAUGUGGAAUUAGAA